AUGGCAAUUGAGACCAUUGAGAUCCCUGCUAGUGCUGGUACCACGAACACAACUAUAUCUACUGAUUCCACUCGUAUCUUGUUUCAUCCUGACGAUUAUACGCAUCAAUUUCAUCUUUUAUAUGUGCAUCCAUCUGAAUUGUUAGCCUCAUCUCUUGUGUCUGAAUUAUUUGAUGGAACAUGCUAUGGGAGUUGGCACAGGUCGAUUUUAUUCGCUUUUUCAGUUAGAAAUAAGCUUGACUUUAUUCAUGGUACUUCUGAGAGACCUGCUGAAGGUUCUCCUCUACUAAGACAAUGGCAGCGCUGCAAUGAUUUAGUUGUUGCUUGGCUAGUCAAUUCUGUAACUAAGGAAAUACAAAGAUCUGUUGUCUAUUCUGAAUUUGCUAAGGACAUUUGGAGAGAACUUGAGGAUAGAUAUGGUAAGGCUGAUGGGGUUAGGAGCAAUACAUUGAUGAUGAAACCUCUACCCUCUAUUGACACCACCUAUAGCAUCUUUUUGAGUGAUGAGAAACAGAGGCAAGUGUGCACAAGCUCUUCCUUUCCAUCUGAAUCUGCAUCUUUCCAUGUUUCCUCCUCCAGUAAUGGUGGUCCUAGGCCUCAAUUUAAUACCAAAGCCAACUAUGAUUCCCAAAAGACUUCCCUGUUUUGCAAAUAUUGCAAGAGAUCUGGACAUCUCAUGGAGAAAUGUCACAGACUCCAUGGUUACCCUUCACAUUUUAAGUUCACCAAGAGUUCAGGUCCCAAGAAGGUUGCUGCUAAUGUUGCCUGUGAUUAUUCACCUGCCUUGGUUCCUUUUGCUGAAUGUUCUGAUAAUUAG